AUGCAACCAAUACAAUAUCGGCCAGCCUCAUCUCACCGAGAUCGAACAAGAACUUCAUUUCGCAGGACUCAUCCAGAUUAUUCAGCUUACCUAGACAGUCAGGAGAGUCCACCAAGGUUAAGAAGACUUGGAUAUCAUUCGCUAGAUGAAGAAUCAGAUCUUUGCUCCACAUCUAAUUCAAGGGAACAGUUUGUCAAUGUAUCCACACUGGCUUGCCCAACUUCGGCUGGAAUUUCACCUCCGUAUUCACUUCUAAAUGGUGGUUCUGAUGCACCUAGCUCAAGUACACUCAACAAGGAAUCUGAAGAACCUGCUUGUACAUCGUCGAUGGAAUCACCAACCGCGCAUGCAUCAUGUUACUUCAGUGGACAUCCAACCGUUUUUCCUGCAGAGGAAUUUGACCCGUCAAAGGACGCUGCAAACAUCUACAAGGCUAUAAAGUGCUCAGCUCAUUCAGUAUUCUCGAUUUUAAAGGAAAUUGAAUGUGACCUCACGAGGUCAGGCUAUGGCAAUUUCGAGGUUAUGGUCAUUCUAAGCCUGGAAUAUCUUCAAGACACAGUGGCAUUCGCUCUAAAUGAAUACAUCAUGGGCUUAGACACCGACGAAAACAUUCUCAUUCAAGGACUUGUACCUUAUCCCAAUUCCUUCAUGCAAGAAGUUGCACAAUCUUACAGAAAACAAUUUAGUGCCGAUGUAAUUAUAGACCUAUUUCGCCAUAAAAGAGGGGAUUUCAGAACCAUCCUAAUGGCCUUACUGCAGGGAGUACGCAAGGAGAGCGCUGCUCUUAGCAUGGAGGAAAUGUGCGAAGACGCCGAUAUUCUGCACAAGGCAAGUGAAAUACCACUUAGUCCAAACGCCGAAGUAUUCACGCGAAUUCUCACACAAAGAAGUUUCGGACAGAUUAAAGAAAUUGCCCAAUGCUACCAAGAGAAAUACGAAAUCUCGCUUGAACAGUGCAUUAAAAAUGGCAAAUUUGGCGGUUAUAAAAGCACAUUGAUUGCAAUAGUGCGAUACGCCACAUGCAAAGAUGAUCUCCUCGCUGAAUGGUUUCACAAAUCGAUUCAAGAAACAGCAACCAAUGAUUGGGCUCUUAUGCAGCUCACACUCGGUCGUUCUGAGAUUGAUCUUCAAGACAUUAAGAAGGCAUACCGCAGAAAGUAUGGCAAGCCUUUAAUUAAAGCCAUUGCAAGCGCAACUUCUGGUGAUUACAAGCGAUUCCUUACGGCAAUGGUUGGAUACUAG